CUCACACAAACUCUGCAAUGGCUUCCAAAAUUCAUAUCUUCAGGAAAUCAGCCAUGGAAGCUGGAAACCCUGGCAAGUAUUACAUCAAUCCGUCUGAAAAGUUGAUGAGCGUAGCAUCCAAAUGGAGAGUUGUAGAACAUGAAGAUUGGGUUGAGGUGAUUUUCAACAGGGCUGCUCUUGAGGAUGUUUAUCCUAUUAUUAUCAGAAGAUACAACAAUCAGGCUAUUGGUGAUUCUGGAAACAAGGAUGACGACUACAGUUUCAUAGUGAAUACUGAUUUUCUUAAUCUCAAGGGUGAGCGUCAAUGGCCAAAAAUGUUGGUCUUGGAAUUGUAUUUACCAAAAAUGUUCAAAGAUUUUUUCUGCCUAUUUUACCCGUGAGUUAAUAUUGUUAUGACUAUUAAAUCCUACACAUUAUUAUUUUUUAUUAUUUUUUUGACACCUUUUUAAAAAAAGUAUGGUGUUAAGUAAUAUUUUAAUUGAUGGAAUGUGAUCCUGGUGUUAAUCAUUGUGUGCACAAU